ACACAGCCGAAUGAAGAUGGCGGAUUUGUAGACGAUGCUGUCAACAAGACUUUGAAUUAGCAGCUCUUUCAAAACUUACUCGCGACUCAGAUAUUCAUUUUUUUUGGAUGGUCGGGCUCCUGAUGAAGUCUUCUUGAUGCUGACGUUACAAUGGAGAUUCUUCAGCUUCUAACAGAGCCUUUCAGCUGCACUGCACACAGAGACUUGGCUAAUCUCUGAAGGGUUUAGUUUUGGGGCUCUGCGCUAAUCUGAAACGUGGAUUUAUUGCACAUUUUUACACAAUUAGAGGAGAAGCGAACGGAUUAAGUGACUGACCGAAAGAAAGCCCCGUCCACAGCAAGAAACUCCCAAUGAUCAACUUGGCAUUCACCAGGGCCUUGCAUGAGCAUCGUCAUCAGAGUUGAAUCAUUAACCACAGAAGUUUACGUUUCUUAACGUUAUUCGGACUGUGGCCCAGAGGAGGAUUUCACCCUGAUGUGCACUGAAGUCAACUCUACACAGUGUACCAAGGAGGACAGAACCAAAUUCUUAUACUGAUGCACCAUCCUUCAAGUUUGUUUUUGUCUGCCCGAGUUGCUCAGAAGGGCCUUCCGUAUGUUUCCUGUGCUGCCAGUGUGUGAUGUACAGAUUCUCCGUCAUGGCGAACUUCCUGGAGAUCUACUUAUAGUAAAGACUAACUGGAUAAGACAUUUGGAGUCGGGUGAGGGGAUUACAUAUUCCUAGCAUGGCCAGGCUGGAUUUCUGCAGGGGGUGCUGUUCGCCGUCCUGCCCCUGUGGUGGUCAUCCUCAGAGAAGCCAUUGCUGAGAGCUGCAAACGGCGUCGGACGCACUUCUCGGUUACCAGUAAUAAAGAAGGCUGUGUCGCAUAGAAUCGCACAGGUUUGUGAAAGCGUAAAGGCAUGAGGGAAAGAGGAGAGAGACAGCUGAUCCUUUGAGGAGAGGAUCGUCGUUACAAGCAAGAUCAAGAAACUCAAUCGUCUAAAGUCAAGCUGUGAAGGAAGCCAGUGCACUGUGUUGGAUAAAGACUGUACCAUUUGUAGUCUAAAGCAACCUGUUUGCGAAGCAGACACAUUGAGUUGAGGCGGCCAGAGACUGAGUUUACAGCAGGAGGCUAGUCAUGGGCUAUGGGGGCCAUGGUGACUUAACGUAAAUGGCUCCUCUUUGCUCAAAGUGUGUACCAGUGUGUGCUGCUCAACCCUUUUCUUUCUUUCUCUUUUCCCCCCUCUAUCCCUUCUUCUUUUGGCUGCGAAGGUCUGCUCACCCCAAUUGCUCGCUGGCUCCUGCACUCCCUCUGUGGCGAUGGGGCUGUGGAAGCUCCUGCGGGGCAUCAGGCAGCUGGAGCUCCACCGCCUCAUCCUGGUGCUCAUUGUCUUUUGCCUGCUGUCUAUGGCACUCCUGGCUUACUAUGUCAGCAACAGCCCCAAGAUAAAGGAGGCACCUCCAAUGCCCUUCAGUGACUGUGGUGAAGUGGGCGCUGCAGGGGAUGGCCUGCAGCGGGUGCCACUGUUCCUGCCCCCGUCUAAUGGCCGUCAGCGGACUGUCAAAACCGUAGACAACUCUCGCACAGAACCUGUUGUUCUAGUAUUUGUAGAGAGCAUCUACUCCCAGCUGGGACAGGAGAUCGUGGCCAUCCUGGAGUCCAGUCGCUUCCGUUACCACACAGAGAUUGCCCCUAGCAAGGGCGACAUGCCCACAUUGAUGGAACGUGACCGGGGCCGCUAUGCUCUAGUCAUCUACGAGAAUGUCCUUAAAUACGUCAACUUGGACGCAUGGAACCGAGACCUUCUUGAUAAGUAUUGUUCAGAGUUUGGUGUGGGUAUUAUCGGCUUCUUUAAAGCCAACGAGAACUCGCUGCUUAGCGCUCAACUUAAGGGCUUUCCUCUUUUCCUGCACUCUAACUUGGGCCUGCGGGAUUACAGAAUCAACCCUGUGGCCCCGCUGCUCUAUGUCACCAAGCCCAACGAAGUGGAACAAGGUCCGCUGCCAGGUGACGACUGGACUGUUUUCCAAUCUAACCACAGUACCUACGAACCUGUUCUGCUAGCCAGCACCAAGUCAUCAGAGGCCCUAUCUCACCUCGGCCCCCAUCGAGUCCUACAUGCCACCGUAGUGCAGGACCUGGGCCUUCAUGAUGGAAUUCAGAGAGUUUUGUUUGGCAACAACCUCUCAUUUUGGCUGCACAAGUUGAUUUUUGUAGAUGCUAUCGCUUAUCUAACUGGAAAGAGACUAUGCCUGUCUCUGGAGAGACACAUACUAGUGGAUGUGGACGACAUCUUUGUGGGGAAGGAAGGAACGCGCAUGAAGGUGUCCGACGUGAAGGCUCUCCUGAACACGCAAACCAAACUACGAACACUAGUCCCAAACUUCACCUUCAACCUCGGCUUCUCUGGAAAGUUCUACCAUGCAGGGACUGAAGAGGAGGAUGAGGGUGAUGACAUGUUGCUUCAGCACAAGGAGGAGUUCUGGUGGUUUCCUCACAUGUGGAGUCACAUGCAGCCGCACCUCUUUCACAACGUCAGCGUGUUGUCUGAGCAGAUGAGGCUUAACAAACUCUUUGCACAGGAGCAUGGCAUCCCCACAGAUAUGGGCUAUGCCGUGUCACCACACCACUCCGGGGUCUACCCUGUACACAGCCAACUCUACGAGGCCUGGAAGAACAUCUGGGGGAUUCGGGUUACGAGCACAGAAGAGUAUCCACACCUGAGACCGGCUCGUCAUCGCAGGGGUUUCAUACACAACGAUAUACAGGUGUUGCCCAGGCAGACGUGCGGUCUCUUCACACACACUAUCUUUUAUAAUGAGUACCCCGGAGGCUCUCGCGAACUGGACAAAAGCAUCCGCGGAGGAGAGCUCUUCCUUACUGUUCUUCUCAACCCAAUCAGCAUCUUCAUGACUCAUCUGUCUAACUAUGGAAAUGACCGCCUGGGCUUGUACACCUUUGAGAGUCUAGUAAAAUUUGUGCAGUGCUGGACCAACUUACGACUUCAGACUCUGCCUCCUCUGGCGCUGGCAGAAAAGUACUUCCAGAUCUUUCCAGAGGAGAGGGACCCACUGUGGCAGAACCCCUGUCAUGAUAAGAGACAUAAAGACAUCUGGUCUAAAGAGAAGACUUGUGAUCGUCUGCCCAAAUUUCUUGUUAUUGGCCCCCAGAAAACAGGAACCACAGCCCUGCACUCUUUCCUCACCCUGCACCCAGCCAUCACUAGCAGUUUCCCUAGCCCUGUCACUUUUGAGGAGAUCCAGUUUUUCAAUGGUCCUAACUACCAUAAAGGCAUUGACUGGUACAUGGACUUCUUCCCCUUCCCUUCGAAUGCAAGCACAGACUUCAUGUUUGAGAAAAGUGCUAACUACUUUGAUACAGAGAUGGUCCCCAAGAGGGUUGCAGCCUUAUUGCCCAGGGCCAAGAUCAUCGCAGUGCUCAUCAACCCAGCUGACAGAGCCUACUCCUGGUACCAGCACCAGCGGGCUCAUCAAGACCCAUCUGCUAUAAACUACACCUUCCAUGAGGUGGUGACGGCCAAAUCUUCAUCUUCUAAAGAGCUCCUAGUGCUCCAGAACCGUAGCCUUAAACCUGGAGAGUACGCCACUCACCUGGAGCGCUGGCUACAGCACUUUCAGUCCAAACAGCUACAUAUAGUCGAUGGUACUAUACUGCGCACCAAUCCAGCCCUGGUGAUGGAGGGCAUCCAGAGGUUUCUAGGAGUCACCCCUGUCUUUAACUACACCCAGGCUCUCACGUUUGAUGAGGGUAAAGGGUUCUGGUGCCAGAGGACAGAGGGAAGUCGUCCUAAGUGUCUGGGGAAGAGCAAAGGGAGGAAAUAUCCAGAAAUGGCUCCUGAGACGCAUGCUUUUCUAAAGGAGUAUUACCGGGAGCACAACUUGGAGCUACUGCGGCUGCUGAACCGCCUCGGCCUGACUCUUCCCUCUUGGCUUAGAGAGGAGUUACAGAGCAGUAGUUGGAGCUGAGAGAAUCCUGCUGUACACAAACCCACUCACCACAUAGGAGCCUGAGGAACGACAGAGGCAUAUACUCAGGGCUGAGUCAAACCCUGCUACUCCUCGCAACACUAUAGGAACAGCCACCCUAUAGCGACUUUGAGCCGCGGUGUGUGAUCAUGGCUACACGGGGAAUACGUGGACUGCCUCAGUUAGCCCCUCCCCUCGGCAUGACGUUAACACACGGUCUUAUUGGUCCUGUUGGACUUGGAAAGAUGAGGGAGAAUGCUGGUAAUCCUUCACUCUAUGGAUGCAGCUUUGUUUUUACUUAAUCCAGAUCUUUCUCACCAGGAGUUGGGUACGCCAAAAGUGUGGGUCGCAUGAAUGAACUCGUGAAUUAUCCAUGCUCACACUAGCCUUGCUCAUCUCUUCAGAGGAAUGAUUGUAAAACAUUGUACAUUUUAAAGUGUUGUAUAUUUUGGGUCUGAUGGGAUUUUGAUGGAAUGAACAUGAUCUCAGCCAUGACGUUAAUUGUAUAGGACAGUGAUGAGUUUAAGCAGGGCAUGUUAAAAAGCGCCAGUCUGCAGCUCCUCUCUUCUCCUCAUUAUACGGACUAUGCACCAGGAGGCGAUUAGAACUUAUGCAAGAAGUUGAUGUGAUGUCUCGUGUCCCAUCGUAACGCUGACUAGAGAUCUGUCUUAGUUGAAUUGUGAGUUUUCAGCAACUCACCACAUUUAAAACAUGCACUUUUUAAAAAAUAAUAGUCUUUUUUUUUUUUUCCCCCCUUGAUUCCAAAUGUACACUAUGUGACCAGUGUGCUUCAGGCAAAUGUCAAGACUGUCCUCUUCUGUGUAAGGAGCUCUGAGUGGAGAGAUAAGGAGAGAGAGAGAGGAGAAGGGCUGCAUUAUGAACCUGUGGUAUGCCCUGCUAAGAUGAGUUACUGUCUACUUUUAUUUUUUAUUUUGUAAAAAAAAAAAAAAAACCUUUCAAAACACCCAACACUGUAUCAUCUCUAAUAAACUCUUAG